AUGUAUUUUUUUGAGGCGCCAAAGAGAAGAAGGUACUUACAGGUUGUUUGCGCUGUGAUUUGGUGUCUAUUUGGAGCAGGACCUAUAUUUGGGUUUGCUGCUUUGAAACCCACUUUGAUUGAGCAGGGUAUCUAUGAGGACCUAUGCACUACUACCAACUUCACAGACUCAGAGUCUGUAGACUCGUUUGUGGAUCUACUAUCAAGAUUGACACCUCCGUCUUUGAAAACGGAGUUGCAUCCAGACGGUGUUGUCUCCAAAUGUUCCAAGCAAGACCUAAAAUUGAACACAAUGUUUACAGUGGGUGCCGCACUAACAAACGUAUCAGCGUUGCUCAUUGGACGUACCCUUGACCAAUAUGGCCCAAGAGUAUGUGGGCUAAUUGGUGCUUUUUUCCUGUUUGUUGCAUCAGUUGUCUUUAUUUAUGCUGAUUCUAUCAAGAUGUUUGAUCCAUAUCUUUUUGGUUAUUCAUUCAUGGCUCUAGGUGGACCAUUCUCCUAUAUUUCAUCGUUUCAGCUAUCAAAUGCCUUUCCCGAAAAAUCAGGUUUAGUUCUUGCAUUACUAACGGGUGCAUUUGAUACAUCGUCCGCUGUCUUUGUCGUGUACAAGAAACUGUACCUAUCUUACCCAUCAUAUUUCACCUUGUCUAAAUUUUACCAAAUCUAUCUUGCAGUUCCGGUAUUUAUGGUUGUUGUUCAGCUACUCAUCAUGCCAAACGAAUCCUAUCUCACACCGCCACCAGAGCUAAUACCGAAUCCAACAGAUCAACAAAGGGCUCUUUCACUCGCUGCUGCGCAAGAAGAGCAUAUACACUCAGCCGUAAGUUGUGGAAGUACAAACGAGACAACACCGUUUUUGAACAAUGCCAGACGUCGUUCGUCUUUAGGUGACGCUUAUAAGUCUGUAUAUAUUGAGGAAGAAUUAGAAGACGCUACUAAAUCUAAGACGGAAUUAUCUUACUCAAUUUUCGGAAUCUUGCAUGGAUAUAGUGUCAAUUAUCAAUUCAAAACCUGGUGGUUCAUACUCAUGUGCUUGUUUUCAACCAUUCAAAUGCUCAGGUUGAAUUAUUUCGUGGCAACAGUUAACUCACAAUACGUUUAUUUAUUUGGUUCAAUUGACAUGGCCAAUUCUUUGAACAAGAUAUUCGAUAUUGCACUACCAUUGGGAGGUAUCGUAUCGAUUCCCUUUGUUGGCUUGUUUCUAGACAGUUUCCCUACUUAUAUUGUUUUAAUCGCAUUACUCGGUGUCUCCUUAUUCAUUGGCAUUUUGGGAAUUGUGAGAAAUUCAUUUAUUGCAGGUGUUUUGCAUGUUUUGGUUUUCGUGUCAUACAGACCUUUCUUUUACACUUCAAUCUCUGAUUAUUGUGCAAAGGUUUUUGGAUUUGAGACAUUUGGAACUAUAUACGGAUCAAUCAUGACUAUUGCCGGUUUUGGCAACUUCUUACAAACUCUGUUAGACAAGUACACCCACACCACUUUUAAUAUGAACCCGAUUCCAUUAAAUCUGACUCUUGUCGGUGUAACUUUGAUUGUUGGAAUUAUUACUGUUGUUUAUGUCUUCAUAAAGACACGAGAAUAUGCGUACGUGAAAUUGAAGGGAACUGAACCGAGAGGGCAAUCUGGUUUCUCGGACGACUAG